UUGCUGACUUUGCGCGGCAGCGAGCGGUUUGCACUGCGAUUGCCGAGCAGCUUGUUUUACUAUAUAUCGCUUUUUUUUGAAAAGUGCCACUGCGGUUGCGCAUGCGCCUCAUCCAAAAUCGGUGGCAAGAAAUAGGCCUUCAAUUGAGUUUUUAUAUUUUUUAACAUUGGUUGGACACGGUGCCGCUUGUUUUUUUGGGUAGCGACUCAGUCCAGCCGGCGAUGCCUUAGUGGCAGCUCCUCCAGAUCGAAAGAAGGAUACAACACGCGCCACACCAAGAUGCCCUAUAACCUAUGGCUGCGACGGCGCCUCCAGCUGCUCGCAUCGCUGCUAUUCUGCGGCCUCCUGGGCUAUUUGACCUCGGAGGCGGUGGCCAAGCCCACGUUGUCCUUCAGUUUGCCGCAGGGCCUCCAAGGAUUCCCCUCGUUCCAGUCCUUCACCCAGCAAAUCAUCGAGCAGCGCAGCGCGCGUCAAAUGAAGACGUAUAGUGGAAAGCGGGUGAGCAACGACUCCCUCAUCAUGAUAUACUAUCACGAUCUGACCAUUGCCGUAACGGAGCUGGGUCCCCAGAAGUUGUUACUCGGCUGCGAGCUGAUCGAGAUCUACAACGACAAGGAGGGCAAGAUUCUGCUGGAGGGCCUGUCGCACUACAAUCGCCCGCUGGAAAUCAAGUUCGACGAGAUGCUGAAGCUAAUGGAUCAGUGCGAGCACGUGGAUAAGCUGACCUACGCCUCCCGUCACAAAUCCCAGCUGGAUGGCGGCGAACGGAGCAGCAGUGGAGGCGGCGAUUCUGCGGCAACAGGUGGUGCCAACGAUGGAGUGGCCCUCAAGCUGGCCACCAAUAUCUUUCCGCGCAGCCCCUUCUCCUUGUUGAGUGGCAUCAUACCAGGCACAAAAUGGUGCGGCACUGGCGACAUCGCAGAUACGUACAGCGACCUGGGCAGCGAAAUGGCCAUGGAUCGAUGCUGUCGCCAACACGAUCUCUGUCCCAUCAAGAUCCGUGCUUACCAGAACAAAUACGAACUGAUGAACGAUUCGCUGUACACAAAAUCCCAUUGCAUCUGCGACGAUAUGCUGUUCUCCUGCCUGAAGAUGACCAACACCUCGGCCUCGCAGCUGAUGGGCUCCAUCUACUUCAACCUGGUGCAGGUGCCCUGUCUGGACGGGCGGAGCCAGCAGUACAAGUUCCGGGCGGCCAAGGAGGGAUUCUGAUGCAGGGUAGCCGCCAAUCGGGGAUUUCGUGGCUCAGUUCAUUGUACAGGAGGUGUGAGGAGGGGUUAGAAAGUGAGAGAGAGAGUUGGGAAGUCGCUCUAU